AGCUCUACAGCCGCGGAGCAGCAGUUGUGCGCACUCUGGGGUGCGCUCAGGGAGCUCCACAAAGGAGGAACCACCACUGCCCUAUCCCGCUGACAGUGGCAGAUGCUAGCUGCCUCUGCUCAAGGUUGGGAGCUGGCUGUUGCAGCUCAAGUCCAGGGUCCCGAGUACCACUGCACUAAAAGGCACCUGGCCCUUUAAAAGCUGGAGCUUGCUUUCUGUGCGUGAGCGUGAGCGCCUGAGCGUGGCAGAAGUCUUGAAAUUGGUCUGAAGGUGAGGACAUCCCCUCCCCCACCAUCAGCCACCACCGCCAGCCACCCUCAUUGUCCUCAGCAGCCCCUCCCCACCAGUGCCUCCACUUAACACACCGUCUGGUCUGAGUCAGCCUCCUGCUUCACUUGGUGUAAAUGGCUGAUAAGCAGAUCAGCCUGCCGGCCAAGCUCAUCAAUGGUGGCAUCGCUGGGCUGAUCGGGGUCACCUGCGUGUUCCCCAUCGACCUGGCUAAGACACGGCUGCAGAACCAGCAGAAUGGCCAACGCAUGUAUGCCAGCAUGUCUGACUGCCUCAUCAAGACAAUCCGCUCUGAGGGCUACUUCGGCAUGUACAGGGGAGCAGCAGUGAACCUGACCCUGGUCACCCCCGAGAAGGCCAUCAAGCUGGCGGCUAACGACUUCUUCAGACAUCAGCUCUCUAAGGAUGGACAGAAGCUGACUCUGCCUAAGGAGAUGUUAGCAGGCUGCGGAGCUGGCACCUGCCAGGUGAUUGUGACCACCCCCAUGGAGAUGCUGAAGAUCCAGUUGCAAGAUGCAGGCCGCAUUGCUGCUCAGAGGAAGAUUCUGGCUGCUCAGGCUCAGCUCUCCGCCCAGGGAGGUACCCAGCCCUCUGUAGAGGCUCCAGCUGCUCCUCGACCCACUGCCACCCAGCUGACCCGUGACCUGCUGCGGAACCACGGCAUCGCUGGCCUCUACAAGGGACUGGGGGCCACACUGCUCAGGGAUGUCCCCUUCUCCAUUGUCUACUUCCCCCUGUUUGCCAACCUGAACCAGCUGGGCCGCCCAUCUUCUGAGGAGAAGUCACCUUUCUAUGUGUCCUUCCUGGCAGGCUGUGUGGCUGGGAGCGCAGCUGCCGUGGCUGUCAACCCCUGUGAUGUGGUGAAGACUCGACUUCAGUCACUUGAGAGAGGCGUCAAUGAGGACACUUAUUCGGGGUUUCUGGACUGUGCCAGGAAGAUCUGGAGACAUGAGGGCCCCUCAGCCUUCCUGAAAGGUGCCUACUGCCGGGCACUGGUCAUCGCCCCGCUGUUUGGCAUCGCCCAGGUGGUCUACUUCCUGGGCAUUGCUGAGUCCCUGCUGGGGCUGCUGCAAGAACCCCAGGCCUGAGCCCGUGGCUGCAUCUCCCUAGCCUAUGGGCUGGGGCCAGAACAGGGUGACCAGCACAAGCCUGAGGAGGACUGGUCUCUCCCCAGUCCUCCCCGUCAAACAAGAAGGCAGGGGGAGGGUGCAGGGUCCACAUGGGUGGUGCACACAUAGGCCCCCAUGGGGUCCUGAGGGACAAAAAAUUGGGAUCAAGGUUUUAUUUAUGUAGAAAAUGCAGAAAUCUGUACAUUCCUUAAGCCAGUCCCGUUGAGCCAGUCCUGUCCCAUCCCUGUACCCUAACCCAGUCUUACCUGGCCUGAACACCCCCUAAGACAGAGCUGGUCUCUGGGCUGGGGCCCCCAGGCCUGGUCUGGGCAGGCAGACCCUACCCUGUAGUCCACUGGCUCCGGUCUCCGAGGCUCUCCUGGUCUAUGAAGGGGACCCCCCCACACACACACAAAGUUAUUUAUUGAAUUUGCUGUGCCCACGUGGCUCUGCCUGUCCUCCGUCCAUCAGUCUGUUUGCCCUGCUGCUCUUUCUGCCUCAACCAGGACCCCACUCUGCCUCCCCAGCCAGCCUUACAGGAGUAAGUUCUAUCCUCGUGUUAAGCUAGGAUUCCUAGGCUGGGUGUGCUGCCACAUUCAAUCCUGAUCCCAGGCACCCCACACAUACUCUUCCUGGUGAGCCUUUGGGCCCCCACCCCAUGUGGGACCUGGAUUGCUUGAGGUCUCUGUGUGCCUGUGAUGGGGCAGGUUGCCCCCCACCCCCUAGCAGUUGGCUGGCCAGGCUGCACGGGGAUGUGCCCUCAAGGGCACAGUUGCCUUUCCCGAUGGAGUCAGGCGCCCCGUGCUGUGUGCUGUGUGCUGUGUGUGCCUCAGGUCUUCUGCUGACCCGUCCAGUAGUUUAGUUCUCCAGCCUGGAAACUUCUGGGAGAGCCCUACUCCUGGACAGAGAUUGCUUGUGGGGGAAGGGGAGCACGAAGGCCAGUGUGAAGCCUGGGCCAUGCAGCUCUCUGGGCCUCUGUCCAUUUUUGAGAAGCCACACCCUUCCAGCCCUGGAUCCUCUGUUCUGAAUCAAAGCAGUCCUCAUCCCCUGCCCUGGCCAUGUGAUUGUGUUUGGUGAUUGACUGAAGUGCUGGUGCUGUGUCCCUCAAGCCCAACCCCCUCCAUGGAGGCCCCUUCCCAGUGACACUACCAGGGGCCCCAGUCCGGGCCAUCCCUCCUUCACGGUUGCUCCUGGGAGCCUCCCCCCUUAUCAUGUCUGUACCUUGAAAGCUGCUGCUGCUGCUUACAGAAUUAUAUUUUUUUCUUUUGAAGAGUUUAAGAAGUUGUAAUUUUUGUGUCUUGUCAUGUAAAAGAUAAAUAAAUAUUCUAAAUAAA